AUGGCUUCAACAUUCACAAGCUCGAGCAGUGUUCUGACCCCAACAUCAUUUCUUGGCCAGACUAAAGGCUCCACCUUCAACCCUCUUCGUGAUGUUGUCUCUCUCGGAUCUCCCAAAUACACUAUGGGGAACGAUCUUUGGUACGGACCAGACAGAGUGAAGUACUUAGGACCAUUCUCUGUCCAAACUCCGUCUUACCUCACCGGAGAGUUUCCCGGUGACUAUGGUUGGGACACGGCCGGUUUGUCCGCAGACCCUGAAGCCUUUGCCAAGAACAGAGCUCUUGAGGUGAUCCAUGGGAGAUGGGCAAUGUUGGGAGCAUUAGGUUGCAUAACACCUGAAGUUCUUCAGAAAUGGGUCCGUGUGGACUUCAAGGAGCCGGUCUGGUUCAAAGCCGGUUCACAAAUCUUCUCCGAAGGCGGUUUGGACUACUUAGGCAACCCAAACCUAGUCCACGCCCAAAGCAUUUUAGCCGUCCUUGGCUUCCAAGUUAUCCUAAUGGGAUUGGUUGAAGGUUUCCGCAUCAACGGUCUGGAUGGUGUUGGCGAAGGCAAUGACUUGUACCCGGGCGGGCAAUACUUUGACCCACUAGGUCUUGCGGAUGACCCGGUUACUUUCGCUGAGCUCAAGGUGAAGGAGAUCAAGAAUGGACGGUUGGCUAUGUUCUCAAUGUUUGGCUUCUUUGUCCAAGCCAUUGUUACUGGAAAAGGUCCUUUGGAGAAUCUCCUUGACCAUCUUGAUAACCCUGUUGCUAACAAUGCUUGGGCUUUUGCAACUAAGUUUGUACCUGGAGCUUGA